AUGGAGAACCGCUUCUCUCGCGCUUCCUCUCAACGGUCGGCUACUGCCAGUGACCUCGACGAUGCUCUCUAUCCUGUCUACACCCAGUAUCGACCAGGUCAAUCACUAGGAAUAUCAACAUCUGGUCGUCGUCCAGCUCCUUCACCAUCACGCGAUUACCAACAGGCCCGUCCAAGUAGCCCCGAAGAUGUGUUCGCCGACCCAGCCGACUCGCCUCCCCCCUCGCCAAGCGGGUCUGCAUUCUACUCGAGUUCCAUUGUUACACCAACUCCCUCGGUUCGCCGUCCGUCCUUGUCGUUAUCGUCACGACGUUCCCCGAGUCCGUUGCCAGGUGGUGGUGGUACCGGGUAUUACCAACACCACAGAAUAUCACAGUCGUUGACACCUUCCGUUAGAUCUUCGUCUUCGUCAACAUAUGGACAUGGAGCCCCUCUUAAUAGAUCUAACACUACAGGAACUACUGGAACUGGUUACUCGACACUAUCAUCGAUACCUUCUAACCUAUCUGACUCGACGGCCGCAGGAGUAGCACCGCGAUGGAAUUAUGGGGGACAUCAACAGAAUAUAUACCCAGAGUCGAUAAAUACUCAGGGGUCCGUUGUGCCUGAGGAGGAAGAUGGCGGGAUGGAUGAUCCUUUUGCGGACGAUUUUGGGAUACCUGUGAAUGAUGGGUUUGCGCCACACAGGCCGCCGCCGGCGGUGGUGUUCCCCUCUGGUGCUAGUAGUUUGAGGAACGUGGAGCCGCCGCCGUAUACAAAGUAUCCCGACCAGCCAAAGCCGGAGGUUGUGGGGGUGCCACUGAGGCUACAGGUGUCGAAUGGGGAUUCGGGGAUUGAUGUGGGUCGGGACGAGGAGGAUGAGGAGGAACGGAGGAGGAGAGCAGGGGCAUUGGCCGCAACUGGGGCGGUUGGAUUGUUGGCUGCAAAUAGGGAUCAGGGAGGAGAUGGAGGAGAGCCGGAUGAUGGAGGUGGAGGGCAUCUCAAGGAGUGGGAUGAAAAGAGGUGGAUGGGAUUCAGGACAAAGACAGUCCUGAUGGGAGUAGCGAUUGCGAUCGUGAUACUCCUAGCUGUAGGGUUGGGAGUUGGCUUGGGUGUAGGGUUACACCACGCACAAGCUCCAACAGCAACAGCAACCGUUUACCCAGAGCCUACGACUGAGGUUCCACCAACCUCUGAGGAGACUGGCCCACCGCUAUCAAGUCCUAAUGACACCUUUCCCGUAAUCCCCACCGGCACCGCUCUGAUCGACCCUAUUCUCCUCUCCGAAAAAUCCACUUCUUGUGAUAUUUCAGCCCAAGAUGCAUCCUCGCCUGGCUGGUUUGGCAUGGGUGCUAGUCUCCUCUGGUCCUGUGCCUACGAUCAAGAUGACACCAACGAAGCUCUAACGUGGCGUUUUGAGCGGGGUCCAGUCAACCUUACCAACAUGGAGCUCUUUCCCAGUGAACCCGAUUUUCUCCGCGGCGCAGAAUAUGGCGAGGGAGCCUGGGGAGGCUACGUGGUUAGUUCUGCAGAGGGAAUUACAAAGUGGGAGAUUGGCGACGAUAUGAUGGAAGUUACUGUUAAUGGGGACGUAGUGGAGUACUCGGGUAAGCCGUCGUGGAGGGAUGGAACACAAAAUCAAGUGUUUUGGAAGAUCCCAUUUGCGUUUUAUAAUACGACGGAGGCUAGUCAUAAUAAGGGCAGGAAAAAACAGCUUGCAGGGAGGAGUCCUACCGCACAUGAGUUGGGUACAAGGUCUACUGGAAAUAGGUUGUGGGGCAGAGGAGAUCACCCAUUAGACGACAGCUACAAAUUUGGGAUCCUGUUCAAUAAGACAGUGAUCAUCAAGCAGUCAACCAUUGACGAGAAUAUCGCCCGAGACGACAACAUCAUCAAAUCUGGAAAUGGUACCGCCCUAUACCCGGGUGAAAUAGUAUGGAAAUGUGUAUGGGAAAAGACCCUCCUCGAAGUUGAAGUGAUGCCCGAUGUUCCCUCUACAGCGGUCACAAAGGAGAAGGAAACACAUGACGAUAAAGACGAAAACGAUAAUGGAUAUGAUAGUGAUGACGACGAUCAUACCACAUGCUCCACGUCAACCACAGCAACCCCAACAAUGUCUGCAAACACAUCAUUCACCAAAACCAAUGAACAGCACCCACCCCCAACCGGAUGCAAUUUCGAACCCGAUUGCCCCCACUUUGACGACGGCGAAGACCACAGCUUCCCCAGCUUCCCCAGCAUCCCCCCACCACCGCCCCCAAGCCAUCAGCACAACACGGACGACUUCUUUGGCCUUAAACCCCCAAAACCCACCGAAACCCCCACCACCAACGGUAAUCUCACCCGUAAACUCCGCCUGAAACGCCACGUCGAACGCUCAACACCCACCUCGUACCCGCUGAAAGUCAACAUCAAGGAGUCUCGCCCCAGCAGCUCGCGACUCCGACGACUGUUGGGAAUGGAUUUGACAGAUCCGGACCCGAAUGGGCGUGCAAACCUUGGUGAGGACACAGGGGAAGGAUAUGUGAUACUCGACGAGAAGCCGAAUUCAAAAGGAAGGCUCCGGGAGAGGGACGAUAGCACCUGCUAUUGUAAGUGGGAUUCGUGA